AUGGGCGAGGUCGAGCGCACGGUCGAGACCGACGAGCUCCGAGCUGACCAGGCGACGAUUCGCGCCGAACUCUACGGCGGUAUGAUGGACGCGUACGCGGGCGGGGAUGCGGCGAACGUCGGGCGGCGCGUGGUCCUGGGCCCGAACUUUACCCGUUCGGCGCGCCAGUUCGGUCGCAGCUACCAAGACGCGCUGGCCCUGCUCCGCGAGCACGGGCCACCGGCUCUCAUCGGGCCACCGUUAACCGUUGUCGCGCAUUCGGCGGGCGAGGUGAGGGACGAGAUCCGCGAGUAAGCAAUUGUGUCCAUUUUAGGUACUUCAUUUAGGUACUUCAGAUGAUCAGGUAGGCGAAAUGGAUCUGUUUCUGGCCUCGAAGCCGGACCAAAUGUCUCCAGACGGGAAGGAGCACGUCAUCCGGACAUUAUCAAGAAUCAGAGACAUCGGCCAGGAGAUUCACGACCGCGGCGGCUUGGCGGCCAUGCAAGCAAUUUUCUAUAUUAUGACCAAUUUUAUCGUUGGCAACGACCGGGACAGAGCCAAGUUCACAGCGUUGAAGCGCUUCUGGAGGGGUAUUGGGAACUGGGAAUACUAG